AAAACUCAUAUAUGUAAUGAAGAUUAUCCACGUCAAAAACGCAUGUAGGUAAACCAUACAUUAGAAAUUAUCGUGAUCCGUUUUAUAUUUUCAAUGAGGGAAUAUGAGAUAAGAUUCAAUAUUUAAGUAGAGUGCAAAAUAAUUGAUCGUGACAAAUCUGUGUGAAUUUGAGAAUAAUUUGACAAUGCUGAAACUAGUGACACUUUGUAUUUUAUUAACGACUGUUUUGGCAGUAGAGUUCCAGAUUACGAAUAGAGAAAUAGGUGCUAUCUGGGUUGGUUGUCAAGGAAAUGCCGGAAAGCCAGCCUUGGCCAAUGGUGGAUUUAUACUAGAAGCAGGAGCUACAAUCUCAGUUUAUUCUCCAGACGAUUGGGCGGGUCGCUUUUGGGCAAGAACUUGGUGUGACGUGAAUACUAAGCACUGUUUAACUGGCGAUUGUGGCGAUAGACUUGAAUGUGGUGGCAAUGGAGGAGCUCCACCUGCUUCUUUGGUAGAAAUAACGUUGAAGGGAUAUGGAGAACAGGAUUAUUAUGACAUAUCAUUAGUGGAUGGAUUCAACAUCGCAGCUGCCAUCGAACCGAUUGGAGGGAAUGGAGAUGGAAGUCAGUACAGUUGUAAAAGAUCCGCAUGUUUCCGCCAUCUCAAUGACGAGUGUCCAAAUGAGUUGAAACUGAACACAGAACAUGGAGUCGUUGGUUGCAAAUCAGCUUGUUUAGCAUUCAACACCGACCAGUACUGUUGCCGAGGUGCAUUCGGUACACCAGAAUCUUGCAGAAGUUCCACUUGGCCUGUGGAUUACCCCAAUUUCUUCAAAUCACGGUGUCCUGAUGCGUAUAGCUACGCCUAUGAUGACCACAAGAGUACUUUCACUUGCCAGGCUCAAAAAUAUUUGAUAACCUUCGGAGUUUAACGUCAUAUCAUAUUUGAUUGUAUCAAGUGGAAUUUUCAUAUCUGUAAUCAACUUGUUCGCUAUCAAAUAUCUAUUCUAUUUUCGUCAAUGUAAGAAAUAGAAGAGAAAUAAAAGCUUGAAUGAAUGAGGGCACUUCA